AUGUCACCAGAAGAACAAAGACAGGCCCGAGAGCAGAAAGAGGAAGCUCGAGAGCGCGAGAUUAUCAACGCCAUCACCAACGUGCAAGAUGAAGCUACCCAGAUCGACAUCAUUAUGAAAAAUCGAAGAUGCUUUGCACCAGCCUUGGACGGAGAUGGUAAAUCCUAUCCAAUCGUGCAAGACUACAUGAGCAGCAAUACAAAGGCAGAAUACGUCGCAAAGAAACUCCUUACACCCAUCAACGACGCUAUUCUACAGAACAGGAAAGACCUGAACUUCGGGAAUCUCUGGAUCUCAAUAAUCCACUCAGCAAAACGGCUCCCUUUCCGAGACACUGUCGGUCUCAACAAACUCGUCGUUCUUAUGAAGGCUAUAAAAUCCAGCUUUCCACCUCCAACAGCCAAAGACCCAGAUAUAUACACAUGUCUACGCGGCUUUGGCUGGGAUGCCCGCGAGACCAUGAACGACUCCCCCGGCUGUGGCUCCGGAUACCUUCUUCCCGAAGUACAUGCCUACGCCAACAUGCUCUAUUUCUACGCUCUCCUGACGGUUGAGAAAGUUAGUAACUUCUGGAUCUACUGUAUCUGGGAGAUGCGUAGUGCACUCGAGACCCCACAUGAGGAUGAUGUGCCGAAUGGAGCUCAUCACCCAGGUACAGCGAUACAGAAAUACAACGCUACGAUCCCUUCUGCCGCAGUGUGGAUCUUCGCCGCGGGGAGGCAGGUUUAUGAAAGGGAAUACGAUCUCACCCCCAAAAGAGCAACGCAGGGCAAUCCUGGUAGCGGUGGACCGCUGUGGCACGGAAAACCAGAGUUUAGUAAGAAACGAUGGGCGCUUUGGAAGAAGAGGUUCGGAGAACUUGCUGAAUUGGAAGGUUUAACGGAGGAAGUGAAAGGCAUUGCGAAAGAGGCUUAUGAGGCUAUGAACAGGAUUGAUAGUGGGUCGAAGUAG